UCUUCCAAGACCAGUCAGACGAAAUCCUCAUAUUCUCUCUCUCCCCUCCAUAGCCGUAUUCUCUCUCUAUCCUCUCUCGUCUUCAUCAAGCUAUACAAUAUAGAAGCAUCCAAGACAGAGUAUUGAGGAAAAAAAACUUUUUUUUUAAAAAAAAAUGGGGUUUUCAAGUCUUGCGUUGGCUUUGACGGCUCUGUUCGCUGGUACCGUUUCUGGGUUUAAUCUGGAAAAGCUCCCUGUUAUGUCCUUCGACGAAGGUUACACGCAUCUGUUCGGUGACCAGAACUUGGCUGUCCGAAAAGACGGGAAAUCUGUCCGUCUAUCUCUCGAUGAGAGGACCGGGUCUGGGUUUGUUUCAAACGAUCUGUACUUGCACGGUUUCUUCAGUGCAAAAAUCAAGCUUCCUGCGGAUUACACCGCUGGUGUCGUUGUUGCUUUCUAUAUGUCGAAUGGAGACAUGUACGAGAAGAACCACGACGAGAUAGAUUUCGAGUUCUUGGGAAACAUUAGAGGCAAAGAGUGGAGGAUUCAGACAAACGUUUACGGCAAUGGAAGCACCCACAUGGGCAGAGAAGAGAGAUACCACCUCUGGUUCGAUCCAUCCGAAGAUUUCCACCAAUACAGCAUCCUCUGGUCCGAUUCUCACAUCAUAUUUUACGUGGACGACGUUUCGAUCAGAGAGGUGAAGCGGACGGCGUCAAUGGGCGGUGACUUCCCGUCAAAGCCGAUGUCUCUCUACGCCACUGUAUGGGACGGCUCCAAAUGGGCGACUAACGGCGGUAAGUACGGUGUAAAUUACAAAUAUGCCCCUUACGUUGCCCAGUUCUCCGAUUUCGUCCUCCACGGCUGCGCCGUCGACCCCAUCGAGCAGUUCCCUAAAUGCGACGACGCUUCGGCCGGAGAUCUCCGACAGGCGGCGGCUGAGAUGACGUCAUCUCGGAGGAGCAAAAUGGAGAAUUUCCGUGGGAAACACAUGACGUAUUCUUAUUGCUAUGACCAGACAAGGUACAAGGUUGCUCCGCCGGAGUGCGUGGUCAAUCCUGCGGAGGCUAAGCGGCUUAGGGUUUACGAUCCGGUCACUUUUGGCGGGAUCCCAGGCCGUGGACACCGCCGCCACGGCAAGAACCGCCACCGGAUCCGGGCGGUUUCCCGGUCGGAGGCGAUGUAAUACGGUGGUGAACGAGAGGAGGGGGGGUCACCGUAAUAAGUUCUUGAUAUGCAGCUAGAGGGGUAUUUUUGUCAUUUUAUAUUGUAUAGGAAACUUUAAAAAAAAUGAAAAAAAAAGAUUAUUUCAUGAAGACAAUUGGUGUUUUUUUUAUAAUUAUUAUAAUCGGUGUUAUGGUUCACGAGAUGAGUGGGUGGGUGUGUUUUUCCAUUAAUAACUCUUUUUUUUUUUUAUCAUUUUCUAUCUUGUUUUGUAAAAGAUUCUUGCAUUUUCUAUGGUCGUUUUCUUGGUGUUUUAUGGGAUUUUCAACUCAAUGUGAA